GAGGAGAGGCUGUGCGCCGAGGGCGCGAGGAAGGGCGGGGUGAGGUGGGCGGCGGAGCCUGCAGAGUGGAGCACAGAAAACAGAAGGCGACCGGGAAGCAAACGAGCGAGCGAGCGAGCGGGGCGACCGGCCGGCGGGCUGGGGGAGGGGAGGCGGCUCAGUGGGCCUUGGGAGUGUGUGUCUGUGUCCGUGUGUGUGUGUGUGUGUGCGCGCGCGCGCGCGCGUGUGUGUCUCUGGCGCCUGUCCAGGCUGAUUUCCCAUAAACCACAUGCCCCACGAGCCCGCCGCUUAAAAGGCUGUGCCGGGGGCUGGCCAGCGACGUUCGGCCCGGGGAAAGUGAAAGUUCGCCUGGGUCCUGUCGGCGCCGCCGCCGCUCUCUACAGCCCGGACAGCUGCGCGGCCCUCGGCCAGGGAGCCCACUCCGCAGCGGCCGGCGAGCGAGCGAGCGAGGGCGGCCGCCGCGCCCGGCCGGGACCCAGCUGCCCGCAUGACCGCGCGGGGCGCCGCCGGGCGCUGCCCUCCCACGCAGGGAAGGAGGGUGACUGGGGAGAGAGAAAGCCGAGGAGAAAUGACGCCCUCUCUGUCUCAGACAUGGCUGGGCCCCUGGAUGCUGCUGGCCUGUCUCCUGGCGAGCAGGAGUGUCGCCGAGGUGGUGUCUGAGCACUGCAGCCACAUCAUCGGGAACGGGCACCUGCAGUCCCUACAGCAGCUGAUUGACAGUCAAAUGGAGACCUCAUGCCACAUUGCCUUUGAGUUUGUGGACCAGGAGCAGUUGGAUCCCGUGUGCUACUUGAAGAAGGCCUUCUUCCUGGUGGAAGACAUCAUGGAGGACACCCUGCGCUUCAAGCACAGCACGCCCAACGCCAAGGCCAUCCUGCAGCUCCAGGAACUCUCGCUCAGGCUCAGGGGCUGCUUCACCAAGGAUCAUGAAGAGGACAACAAGACCUGUGUCCGAACUUUCUAUGAGACUCCACUCCAGUUGCUGGAGAAGAUCAAGAAUGUCUUUAACGAAACAAAGAAUCUCCUUAAAGAGGACUGGAAUAUUUUCAGCAAGAACUGCAACAACAGCUUUGCUAAAUGCUCCAGCCAAGAUGUGGUGACCAAGCCUGAUUGCAACUGCCUGUACCCCAAAGCCACCCCUAACAGUGACCUGGCCUCCCCUCGCCAGCCCCUUGACCCCUCUACAGCCCCCAUGGCUGGCUUGGCCUGGGCCGACGCUGAGGGGACACAGGGCAACCCCCUCUUGCCCAGUGAGCAGGCCCCUGGCACAGUGGACCCAGGCAGCGCCAAGCAGCGACCACCCAGGAGCACCUGCCAGAGCCUUGAGUCGCCAGAGACCACCGGCGUGGAGGACAGCCCCCCAGGCCGCUCCUUGCAGCCUCGCCCUGCCGUCGGGGCCCCCACACCUGGGGUGGAGGCCAUUCUGGACCCUGCCAUGGACACUCUCUGGGCCCUGGAAGAGGCCUCUGGAAACACUGGCGAGGGCCCUGUCCCUGGGCCGGAAGGGAACAGCGUCCAGGCCGAGGGCGCCAGACCCAGCAACCUCCUGACAGCGUCUUCAGCACUUGCUGCGCCAGCAGAGGCUGCGACCGGCACCGCCCCACCCAGGGUGGGCUCAGUGAGGCCCCAGGGCCUGGUUUGGAGCCACAGCCCUGAGAAGACCCACAGGCCACCUGCCCUGCCUCCAAACCACCAGAAGCCAGGCUCUCUCGGGGCCUUGCUGCGACGCCUCCAGGGCCCCAGCCAGUUCACCGUGCCCGCCACUCAGCCAAGGCUUCCCAGGAGCCACCCAUGGGCUGGCCUAGCACUCCGCAGGGAGCUGGAGGGCAGAAGGAGCACCAGGGACCGGAGGAGCCUGAGAGAGCUGGAUGGUGCAGAGCGUGCAAGCGAGGGGGCUGCCCAGGCCCUAGCUCCUUUUAAUUCCCUUCCUUUGACUGACACAGGCCAUGAGAGGCAGCACACAGGACCCUCUGACCCCCUGCUGCCCGGCUUUGCCUUCCGCCUGCUGGUGCCCAGCAUCAUCCUGGUCUUGUUGGCCGUUGGGGGUCUCCUGUUCUACAGGCGGAGGCGGCGGAGCCAUCAAGAGAGUCCAGCCACGGAUUCUCCCAUGGCGCCGCCAGAGGGCAGCCUCCUGACCCAGAAUGAGGACAGACAGGUGGACUUGCCAGUGUAGAGGGAGUUUUGUAAAGCUGGGCGCCCACGACAGUCUGUCUGAGGGAGGAGACGCCAUGGGGCCGGCCUCCACCAGCCCUCCCCAGCCUACCCUCCUAGGAGCGAGGCCUGCCCACCGUCAGACCUCCAGCCUGCCAGGACCGGACCUGCACAGCCAGGCUGGGGACCCUGCGCCUCGACCCUCAGAUCCUCAGCCAGCCAACCGACUGAACGAGAGCCGGGGGCUGCCCCCCUGCUGCCACUAGUUAUGGGGGGCCCUGGAGGCUCCCACGCACUGGAGGAUGGGGGGCAAGCCCGGCUCAGGACCCUCGCUUGCCCCUCAGGAGCUGCGCCCUCCUCUCACUCCCUUCCCACCUGCCAGUGGCAGGUGGGAGCCCAGGGUGGGCGCUGAGGACAGGAAGAGCCCUGCACCCAGAGGACCCGCCUGGUGUCGAGAUCCCCACCUUGGGACAGGCAGGGACCUGUCUCUGGAGAGAGGAGCCCAUGAUUGGCAGGGCGGGCCCACAUUGGCCUGGUUUCCCGUCAGGGUGUGCAAUCCAAGGGACGGGAAGAGGAGGCCGCAGGCUGCCAGCUCGGGUGGCCCUAGGGUCGACACCCUCUGCUCGUCUCAGUGCCCUCUGCUGGUUGCCAGGCAGAGAGAAGGGGCCGUCCCUGCCCUCAGGACCUGCCUGAUCCAGCUCACAAUGCCAAGAAAGGGACCAGGCGCCGGCCUCUGCCCUCCUUGCCUCCAGCCCCUGCCGGAGCUUCUGCUGGAAGCCAGGCCGAGGCUCCCGUCAUGAAGGAAGCCGUUGCACUGUGAAUACCGAGCCUGCCUGCUGAUCAGCCUGCGCAGCCGUCCCUCAGCACGCACCCCGCGUCCUCCCUGCGUGCCCGCCUCUCCCCGGCUUCCUGCACUGAGCUGGCUUCAGCUGCUGUGACCGAGGGAGCCCCUGGGCCCUGACCUUCUCCUGACUUGACUCCUGGGGUGGGGAUGGGGGUGGGGUGGGGGCGGGGGCGGGGCGGGAGGACUGCCCGGGCCACCGGCCAGAGCCGGUCUCUAGGCUGUGUUGUUCGUCCAGGUUUCUGCAUCUUGCACUUUGACAUUCCCAAGAGGGAAGUGACUCGGGGAAGGGAAAGGGGAGGGGAGGACGGAGGCAGGGAGGCCGCAGCGUGAGCUCAGACGGAAAAUGGGUCUUUGCAAUACAGGUAUGCCCCUGAGGCUGAGGGAGGGGCCUGUGCCCGGCCCCGCCCUGGCCCAGUCUCCCUCCCCGGCUGCCAGCAGGUGCCUGGGACUGGGCUUCACUCCUCUCCCAGCUGCUGGCACCAGCUCCUACCCUCUUCCUGCCCCCUUCCUCCCUGAGCCCGGGAGGCAGAGAUACCCUCCGGCUCUCGCCUCCCACUCCACCCUUGGCCAGGCAAGACAGAGCGGGAGGAGGACCAGGAGAUCCAGGCAUCUGAGACCUGGGCAGCGGGGAAAAGGGCUGUGUGUGUUGCCCCUUGGUCCCUUUGUGCUGCUGUGUCCCCCCUCCCUGGCCACCCCAGGUCCUCUACUGAGAGACCACGCCCUUCGCUUCCUGCCUGAGAAAAGUGAGGGUCUGCUGGCCCCGCCCCCUGUCCAGAGGCUGACAGACAGCUGAGGGUGGGGACUGGAGAACUUUCAGGAAGGGCUCACCCCUCUGGUCACAGACUCCAGAUUCCAUGCUAGAAAGCAUGUAUUUAAAAAUGGAAGGAAAUAAACAAAAAAAAAAAGAAGACAA